AUGACCGCCAUAAUCCAAAUCUUGGCCAUUAGCCUCAUUUUUUGGGUCUACCAAACUCGAGCCCAAGAUAACACGCUGCUGUCCAACUUCUCCACCUACUCCUCGAAAGAAACCCGCGGAAAACCGGAUCCAGAUUAUGGCAGGGAGACGGACGAGCAGAGACUACUCUACCAUAUCCUAAGAAAUUAUGAAAAAGCCGUCCGGCCGGUCAGAAACGCAUCAACGCCCGUCGUGGUCAAACUCGGCAUGACGAUGACGAAUAUUUUUGAUAUGGACGAGCGCAAUCAGGUGCUAACUAUUAAUGUGUGCGCCGACGACUACACGGCCGGAUUCAUGCGCUCGAGGGCUAUGGUCGUCCAUACGGGCGAGGUUUUCUGGCCUCCGCCUACGCAAUUGAGAUCUACAUGCAAAAUUGAUGUGACCUACUUCCCGUUCGAUUCGCAGCAUUGUAGUCUGAAGUUUGGAUCGUGGACAUAUCACGGUCUCCAAGUCGAUAUUACCAAUCGCAGUGCCAACAUCGAUUUAACGAAUUAUGUAACUUCCGGCGAAUUUGAUUUAGUUGCGGUAUAUCAGAAACGGCGUGUCGUUCUUUACACUUGCUGCCCGGAGCCGUACCCAGAUAUCACUUUUUAUAUUCAUAUUCGAAGAAAGACCCUUUAUUACAUGUACAAUAUCGUGUUCCCGUGCUUGAUGAUGUCUAUACUUACUUUAUUGGUGUUCUGGCUGCCCCCGGAUUCUGGAGAGAAAAUCGCGCUCGGAAUUACUGUAUUGCUGGCGUUUUCCGUGUUCGUGCUAGCCAUAGCCGAAAAAAUGCCAGAAACCUCCGAUUCGAUGCCGCUAAUCGGUGUCUACCUCACCGUAGUCAUGGGCAUGACGUCUGUGUCGGUCGUCAUGACCGUACUUGUCCUAAAUUUCCACCAUCGGGGCCCGUUCCACGACCCGGUCGAAUCUGACAACACCAACGAAACAAACUACGUCCUCCACCGCUACCUGAGCACCGAGAUCCCGAACGGGAAGCCGAGCGUCGGCAAGCAGUCCAAUGGGGACGUCCUCAAGGAGGAGAAUCCGGUGCGUUGUAAUGGCAGCUUUUCGCGGCCAGCCAGCCGCUGCAGUGAAGACAUCAACGAGAAGCUGUUGAAAGCGCUGCAGGUACUAAUCAAGCGGCAACAGCUCGAAGAUGACGGUCAAGUGCUGGCAAAUGAAUGGCGGCAAAUUGCGCAGGUGAUCGAUCGUCUCCUUUUCUGGAUAUUCCUCGUGGCUACUACUGGCAUCACCACCACGCUGCUGAUCAUCAUCCCCUCCAUCAACUACGCCAGCGAGACGGCCGACUUUGACGAGAAGCUCUACGGAUUGCAU